AUGGACCCUUACGACUGCCGCAUCACAAUCAACCUCGAAGCCAACCUCGACAAGCCCGAUCUUGAUCCGCAAGCGCUGGUGGAACCUCCAAAAGACCCAUCCAAAGCCUCAGUGGAUCGCCAGAAGGAUCGUUUAUCAUACAAGCACCUGGCGUAUUCGAUCGACCUGACCAAGGUCCUCAUCAAAGGACUCGGCCCGCAGUACGAGCUGGAAUUGGAAGUCGACGCCGGCGCCUUGCGCCAGCAGAUGGAGCUGGUGGCGCAGAACAAGGAGAAUGCGUACAGUGCCAUCGUGGAGGGCUUCCUCGACAACGCAACCUACCUCAUGCGCAAUCGGCCCUGA